CUAAUCCCUUAACUGUGAAAUCGAAUCAGUAUUUUGUUUAAUUAAAGAUUUUAAAUUUCAGAAAACAGAAAAAAAUGAAAAAGAAAGAGAGAAACUUCUUCGUUCAGGGUGGGCCAUGGCAGAUCUUGGACAGCAAAGGCAAUUUGACAAACAAGAUAGCUAUCAUCUAUUGCUCCCAUUCCUAUUCCAUGACUUUCCUCCAAUUCGGUUCUGAUCUCUCCCCGAUUCUGGCCCUUCCACCUUCCCUUUGUCUCAUUUGUAUUGUAACUUGAAUGGAUAAAAGUUGCUUUCCUUCUCUAAAUUAUCUUCAUCUUGAACUUGAAUAAUCCGAGGGUAGGAACAUCUAAUGGGAGAUACAUGUGUUAAUGGAGAUGCAACUGAUAUUCCUUCAACAUCACAACAGGUUGUGCACGCAUCAAAUAAAUAUUGCCUUGUAGAAAGACACGGCUGCCAAAGAAAGCAGGUUCAUUGUGAUGCUGUGAGUAGCACAAGUCUUCUUGUUGAUUCUUUUGAAUUCCAUUCAUCAGUGGAUGACAUUAUCAACCAUCUGGUGACAUUGACUGCUUAUUUACGUCAUCGAUUGAUUCGUUUUAUUGAGGAUCUUGUCCUUCAGGAUGCAGAAUACUCAGAAAGUUUGGUGGCCUGUUCCUCUGGACCAUAUUCAAGACCUUCUAGCAACAGCUUUUGUAAACUUGAUGGGGAAGGAUCCUCAUCAUCUCCUAAAUAUUGUAUCGCCGAUGCAAGCCCUGAAAUCCGUGGAAAAAGUGCUUCAGACAUCAGGGAAGAAUUACUUGUAAAUACAGGAUAUGAAAUUAUAAAAACCAGUUAUCAUGAUGUUUCCUCCUUUAUUAUUCAAGGGUUGAUGCUCCCAUUGUUUGGGUUUCGACUUGCGUGGAGGUUGGCAUUGGCCUCCUUGAGAUGUUCAUUCUAUUACAUCAGAUGUGCUCAAGUUCAAGUUCGUAGCGUUACAUCUAGAGUUCGUACAACUUUGCGCGGGUCAUCUGAUGAUAUUGGAUGGUUGCAACGCACACCCGGAAUGGCUCCUGUGGAGGAUGGUACAGCUAGAUUCUUGGAUCUGCUCAACAAAAUAAGGAAUGGAGAGCACAAACUUCAAGACUCAUUUGUUUAUCUAUUAAUACCAGGUCUUUUUAGUAAUCAUGGUCCUUUAUAUUUUGUGGGUACUAAGAGAUGCUUUUCUAAGAUGGGUCUAGCUUGUCACAUUGCGAAAAUUCACAGUGAGGCAUCAGUGGAGCACAAUGCAUGCGAACUGAAGCAUUACAUUGAGGAACUUUAUUGGGGUUCGGGGAAGCGUGUGAUGCUGCUUGGACAUAGCAAGGGUGGGGUUGAUGCUGCAGCCGCAUUGUCAUUGUACUGGUCCGACUUGAAAGAUAAAGUUGCUGGACUUGCACUGGUGCAAAGCCCAUAUGGUGGAUCCCCCGUAGCAUCAGAUAUUCUCCGUGAAGGCCAGAUUGCUGACAAAGAAACCCGGAAGAUCAUGGAACUCUUGAUAUGCAAAUUCAUUAAGGGUGACAUUCGAGCACUGGAAGAUCUCACUUAUGAUAAGCGGAGGGAGUUCAUCAUGAACCACAAGCUCCCUGAGCAAAUACCUCUUAUCUCAUUCCACUCUGAGGCAAGCAUUGCUCCAGGUGUCAUUGCGACAAUGACCCAAAUAGCACAUGCAGAACUUCCUUGGCUACCCCUGCCAAAACUUGGGUUUGAGGAGCCUGACAGUGUUGUUCAAGCAGGACGCAAGGUACCAGUCGUAAUACCUCUGUCUGCUGCCAUGGCUGUUUCCGCUCUCCACUUGCAGCUUAGGUAUGGAGAGAAAAGCGAUGGCUUAGUAACUUGCCGUGAUGCUGAGGUUCCUGGCUCAGUUGUUGUCAGACCAGACAGGAAGCUAGAUCAUGCAUGGAUGGUUUACUCUUCGGGUAAGAAGGAUCCUAACGAGCCUGAUUGCAGUGAAAUGUGUGAGGCUCUUUUGACUAUGCUUGUGGAGCUUGGCAUGAUUAAAGAAGAAAGUUGCACUUAAUUAUAUGGGUUGUUGUGAUUAUGAGUGAUAAUACAGAAAUUUUGGACUUGCUUUCUACAAUAAUUGUUUGCUUCAAGAGGCAAUUAAAUGGCAGAAAAAUCUUGCUCCAUGUUAUAAUUUUUCUUUUCAGAAUCAUAAAAUUGCAUGCAUUGCAUGCUAUCAGUAAAGAUUUGUUACUCGUA